UUCAUGUUAGAUUUUGUAGGAGCUUCCAUUUUCGCCUGUGAUUUUCAUGGACGUUAUGCUGCAUAAAAAAAGAAUUUUGGUGAAUAUUUUUGAAUUUUCGACGCCCCCCAAUAUUAAAUUGCCUGCAGAAUACUAAAGCAAUAGUGUUAAAAGGAAUUUACUGCUGUGUUGAAGGAUUUGAGUGUGACGCCUCCAGUGUUUAUGCUUUUGACCUAGGUUAAUAUAUACAAAUUGGGCUUUAGCGAAAGAAAAAAUUCUUACAUCCGUGGGUUAAUUAUGUUCGCAAGAUGUUUUCAUCAUUAAGAUUGCAGCGCAUUCAGGUGGUAAUUGUUGCAUUGCUUGCUGCACAGGAUUUAGGGCAAGCAGAGUCUGCAAUUGCAAUACCUGUGACAACAAAAUGUGAGUAUAAUAAUGGUACUUGUUCUCCAGGAGAAUGUAAUGAAGUAAUUGACUGUGAUACUCCUGGUGAAGGAAAACGCAAUCACUGUUUUGUUUUGUGGUCAAAAAAUCAGGAUGGAUCAAAAAAUGUCUCACUUAAGGGUUGUUUUCUAAACACUGAAGACUGUUAUGGCCAAAAAAGAUGUACUGAAAAAUCACCAACUCCCAAAAAUAACCUGAUGUUUUGUUGCUGUGAAGGCGAUUUAUGUAACAAAGAAUUUUUUUGGGAGCCCGUGGCUACAGAGGCUCCACCUCCGAGUACUGCCAUUCCCACUGUAGAAGAACCUAGCAUGAUAUAUUAUAUAUUGGGCUCAGUAACAUUGCUUGUGAUUUUAUUACUGGCAAUUGGAUUUGGGAUAUUUUGGAAGCGUAGAAGCAAACAUUAUUUUAAUGGGUUGCCAACUAACGAUCCUCACCCACUGCCUCCACCAUCUCCCAUGUUAGAUACUCGGCCAAUUCAGCUUAUUGAAAUUAAGGCCAGAGGACGUUUUGGUGCGGUAUGGAAAGCUCAGUUUAAGUCGGAAGAAGUAGCUGUAAAGAUAUUUCCAGUUCAAGAUAAGCAGUCAUGGCAAACUGAGCAAGAGAUAUUUAAGCUUCCCUAUAUGGCUCAUCCCAACAUACUUCAGUAUAUAGGAGUUGAAAAACGGGGAGAUAAUUUGCAAGCAGAGUUUUGGCUAAUAUCAGCUUAUCAUGAAAAGGGAUCUCUAUGUGAUUAUUUAAAAGCUCAUACCCUUUCCUGGAUAGAAUUGUGUAGAAUUGCCGAAACAAUGGCUAGAGGUUUGAUGCAUUUACAUGAAGCUAUCCCAGGAAAAUCAUCAAAUGAGGCUUCGAAACCCUCUAUUGCUCACAGAGACUUUAAGAGCAAGAAUGUCUUGCUUAGGCAUGAUAUGACUGCUUGCAUUGCUGACUUUGGUUUAGCUAUAGUGUUUGAACCAAAAAAGUCUUGUGGUGACACUCAUGGGCAAGUAGGGACAAGAAGAUAUAUGGCCCCAGAGGUACUAGAAGGUGCAAUUAAUUUCACCCCUGAAGCAUUUCUUAGGAUUGAUAUGUAUGCCUGUGGCUUGGUGCUAUGGGAAUUAGUAUCAAGAUGCAAAGCCCAAGAUGGACCUAUUCCUGAGUACAGACUACCAUUUGAGGAAGAAGUUGGCCCGCAUCCCACUCUUGAAGAUAUGCAAGAGUCAGUUGUGCAAAACAAAGUUCGACCAGCCAUACAACCCCAUUGGAGGAAUCACUCGGGUUUGGCCGCCAUUUGUGACACAAUGAUCGACUGUUGGGAUCAUGAUGCUGAAGCUAGGCUCUCAGCAUCGUGUGUAAUGGAAAGAGUUAUGGUACAGACGAGAUUCCUACAGUCUAACAUGACGGGGUGGAGAAUAGAGAACGAAUCACCUCUUACACCAUUAAAAGAUAGCUGCAUCUAGGAAUACUUUUGAAGGUAAGGUAAAUAUUGGUAAUCUGGUUACUUGAAACUGACACUGCAAGAAUAUAGAGUACCUGUCAAAAUGUAGUCUGUGUGUAUUAGAUUACCAACGUAGCCAAAUUUUAACGACGUCACAACAAGGUCAUAGUGCACGCUAAAUUGUAGCACCUGCGUGCAAGUGAAAUAAUUCUAAUAAUAACAUCGGUGUAGUAGGGAACCACCAAAAUUAUUCUUCCAGAUCAGACACACUUCUCAAUGUGCCAAGAGACUAUAAUAUAUUUUAAUAACUACUAUUUUGUAACAAUGUUUUAUAUUACUAUUAUUAUUAUAUAUUGUAAGAUUAGCUUGUAGCGGGACUUUUGACUACACUUCGCGAGCGGGGUUCAGUCCUUAAUAUCAAUGGUGGUACGUGCAGCAGUGAUUUUGUAAUUUGUGGAAAGAGUUUAUGCGAAAAAUAAAGUUUAACACAUUAGGAUACUAUGAAAUGGAGUUAAGCCUUG